AUGUCAGUAACAAUCAGACCAAUUGAAGCUAAAGAUAAACAAAGAUGGCUCGAACUCUGGACCGGUCCAGGAGGAUAUAUCGAUUUUUACGAAGCUCAAGAUCGAAUCACCCCGGAAAUCUCAGAAAACACAUUUCGGAAAUUCCUUGACCCUCAUGAACCAGUAUAUUCUGCCGUUGCUAUUAAUGAUGCCACGGGGGAGAUAAUUGGGUUUAUUAAUUAUCUUACUCAUGCAAAUACUUGGACGAUUGAGAAUGCACUUUAUUUGAAUGAUUUGUUUGUCUGUUCUGAAAAUAGAUUAAAAGGGGUGGGGAGAAAAUUGAUUGAGUAUGCGUAUUCUGAGGCUGAUAGAUUGAAUUGUAAGAAAUGUUAUUGGUCUACUCAAUUUGAAAAUCAUCGUGCUCAAUUGUUGUAUACUAAAGUUGGAGUCAAGAGUGGGUUUUUAUUAUACAGAAGACCUUAG